AUGAAACAACGACCGGAAAUAGCAGUAACCGAAAUGCUACUAUGUAAUGAUGCCGAUAUACCACUGUUAUUCAAGCUUUGCUCCGAUACAUCUUCAAGCAUUACGGCUACACCAGCCGGAAGUGGUUGCAUUCCGCCACGCGCAGAACAACGUUGUUUCCUGACAUGGCGACGAUCAAAGCAAAUUCAGCAAGAUAUAAAAGCACCCAAAUUAAUACUUAUUACAAAUUUUGUUGAACAGGAAAUUGAUGACAAUCAAACGGUGGUAACCAAAUUGAUAGCACGGAUACAUUCAGAAGAAAAAGCAAGGGGAGAAAUACCCUUAAUGAAGUUCACAUUCGAAAGAAAAGAAAUAACCUCGCCCUCUGAAACAUUAAAUUUUCGUACAGAUAAUGUUGCUGCGCAACCGAUUGAAAUGGAUUAUGCUCGGGUGGAAGCGUUAAAAAAGUUAAAUCAUUUCAUUCAAUGGUUUCAACGACAUCCUUUAGAGACUAUGAUGCUAUUGUUAUUCUUCAUUGCAUUAUUUGUCGCAAUCUUUGAUUAA